AUCUUGGGGCUAAAUAAUGUGUUUAAUUAACAUAAAAAAUCAAUUUAUCGAGUUUGUAUCCCGCCCGAUUGAUUGACAACAGCCGACCUUUUCUUUCUCCUUAACUUCUUUGUUUUAGAUAUAUAACAAAAUGACUAUGUCUCGUCGGGAUGAAAUUGCUUCUCGUCUAAAGCAUUUUAACGGUGGAGACCAAUACGAUGUGAUUGAUAUUGUGGGUGAAGGUGCUUAUGGUGUUGUAUGUUCAGCAGUUCAUAAACCAACAGGCCAAAUGGUAGCUAUCAAACGUAUUUUGCCUUUUGACCAUGCCAUGUUCUGUCUUCGAACUCUUCGUGAAAUUAAACUCUUAAAAUACUUUAACCAUGAAAAUAUCAUCUCUAUACUGGACAUUAUGAAACCUAAAUCUCUUGAUGACUUCACAGAGGUUUAUCUCAUUCAAGAGCUGAUGGAAACAGAUAUGCAUCGUGUUAUUCGUACUCAGGAUCUUUCGGAUGAUCACUGUCAGUACUUUACUUACCAAACCUUGCGUGCUUUGAAAGCAAUGCAUUCUGCCAACGUUCUCCAUCGUGACCUGAAGCCUUCUAAUCUUUUGUUGAAUGCUAAUUGUGAUUUAAAGAUUUGUGAUUUGGGGCUAGCAAGAUCUGCCAACUCAGCGGAUGAGAACAGCGGCUUUAUGACGGAAUAUGUUGCCACACGUUGGUACCGUGCACCUGAAAUUAUGUUGACGUUUAAAGAGUAUACAAAGGCUAUUGAUGUUUGGUCCGUUGGAUGUAUUUUAGCCGAAAUGUUGAGCGGGAAGCCAUUAUUCCCAGGCCGAGAUUACCAUCAUCAGCUCACAUUGAUUUUGGAUGUAUUGGGCACACCCACCAUGGAUGAUUUCUAUGGUAUCAAAAGUCGUAGAGCACGCGAUUAUAUCCGUAGUUUACCUUUUAAAAAGAGAAUACCUUUUGCCAGAUUAUUCCCUAAUGCAAACCCAUCUGCAGUGGAUUUACUCGAAAAAUUAUUAACCUUUAACCCUACAAAACGUAUCAAUGUUGAAGAAGCAUUGAAACAUCCAUACCUUGAACCAUACCAUGACCCUGACGACGAGCCUGAUGCUCCACCAAUCCCUGAAAGUUUCUUUGAUUUUGACAAAUACAAGGAUCAACUUACAAAGGAGCAGCUUAAACAAAUGUUAUACGAUGAGGUUGCUCACUAAGUUUCUCCCCCCUUUGAUUCCCUUGAUUUUUUUUUUUUUGAGAAAAGUUGAUUUUUUUCUUGUAAUAAACAAAUAUGAAAAAUCCAAAUUAGGUGAAAAGCCAGAAUGCUCGGG